CCCAAAAGAGUACAUGCCAGCCUACGCAAGGCAACGCUGUCAUUUUCAAACUCAUGUUUUGACAAACAAUAUAUGGCGGACUCCUCAGCUGUUUGAACUAACCGUUAAAUCUCUUAGAUUUCUAGUGUAAAAUUCAUGUCUUCCCCCAUUUCUGACAUACCUCUGUUAUUGUUUUUCAUUUACGACGUCGAAAAAUCAAUAUCUGAAUCGGACGACCCAUUGGAAUCCAUUCUCUAUUUUCACCCCAAUAGCGAGUCAGGUAAUAUUGAGAGAAGAAUCAGUGUUGUGGGACAGAUCGUAGGAACAGCAUUGUGUGUUAAGCAACUGCUUUCUGUACCUAAGCUUAUAACCCUAGAGAGGGGAAAGUUUGCAUUGAGUUGGAGUGGGAGGUUCAUACUGGUUGUCGGAUCUCCUCAAUCGGUUUCUACUCACAUUAUCCAUAAUCAAAGAGACUUCAUUCAUCGGUUGUUAGGUGGAAAAUUUGGAGAAUUAUCUGAUUAUUUGGAGGCUUCCAAAGCAGGUACUUAUGAAGAAUUCAGAGUGCAAGUUCAAACUUUCUGUGAUUCACAACUGGCAACAAUAAGUAAAAAGUGGGCAGAAUUAGCUAGUCAGCCAAUUUUGUAACUGUUCCUAAAAUGAGAAAGCCACCAUAUUUGUCUAGUAAGAAGUGGAACAAAAAGUUCCAAAAAAAUGUGAGAAAAUUCGAGAACUUCUCAGAUCCAUCAAAUGGACAAAAGCUCAACAAAAGUUCACUGACUUUACAGGCAGAUUCAGUGUCACAAACUGGCUUAUUAAAAAAAUGGGUCCUUUUUAUAGGUCUUUGUACCUUUGUGAAAGAAGUAAUUGCAAACAUGUUAAUAAAGUUAACCAGUAGAAUUACAGAGUUUAUCAACCGCGGAUUUCUGGGAGGGACUGCAACCGUAGAUUUAGAAACAAGAAUCGAAAAUCUAGAAGAAACACUUAAAGAAUACGUGAAAAAAGUACAAGGCCUUGAGUUAGAAGUUGCAAAACAUUCAGAGAGGCUAGCAAAAAUUGGUAGUCAACAAUACAUUGCGUCCAAUGUCGAACUUGUAUCAGGCCCGCACAUUCAAACGUCAGUCCCUCCAACCGCUCCAAGUUUUUUCCCCUCUGCUCCUCCUCCUCCUCCCCCACCUCCACCUCCCCUUCCGCCAUUGGGAUCAUUGAGUGUCCAAAACCAACUUAGUGCAAGAAAACCAGUAGCUCUGGCGAAGAAAACCCAAAUACAAUUGAUGAGACCUGCCAUAAGCUUGGAAGACAUAAUUAAUGUCAAACUGAAACGGACUCCAUGUGUUCAACGGACCGAUAAAUCGUCAAGAAUACCGACGCCGUCAAACAGUUUACCUCGAAUAUCACUUGAAGCCCUCCGCUCGGUGAAAUUGAAGAAAACAUCUUUAUUGAAAGAAACUAGUCCAAUAAAGUCAAAAUCACCUAAGGGGAAAAUACGUCAUGCGCUUCGGCGGCUUCCCAUCACCACCAGCCCUGGCGGAACACCUAAAUAUGAGCGUAUAUGUCAGCAAGAUGACAUGACCCCGAUCAUGUCCCGUGUUCUGCUUAAACGUUUCAAUGCCUUCCAAAUGAGUCCAGACGAAGAAAACAAAGAAAAUGAUAUACAGUUUCUGUAGUUUAUUUCAUUUUUCUCAUUUCAUCAUUCCAAGAAACACCAUCUUGGAAGAAAAUCUAUCGGUAAUUACCCAUUAUUGUGUACCCGUCAUUUCUCUCUUCUUCUUAUUCUUGUUAUUUCGACUACAUGUUGCUAUUUUGAAUUUCAACAUCACUUAUAGUUUUAAACAUUUACAUUUUAUCUCGUGAUGUGUGAGAAAUAAAAUCUACUAUUUAUCUUGUAUGAUCUAAAA